CACCAUCAGCUCCUAAAUGCUUUAGUCACCUAAUGUAUACAUACGGUAGGUAAUGUUGUGAUAUAAAGGAGAAUAUUGUAACCAUGGGAACAAUGGCUUUUUUAGACAUAGGGGGAAUUUCUUACAUUUAGAUUUGAAAACAUAAUGAAAGUUAGUGAUUCAAAGUAACACGAAUAAUAAAUAUUCGUAAUCUUCGUUUUUAAAGACCUUUUAUUGCGUUCUGUACAUAUAAGUAGAUACAUAAUUCUCUCUUACUCUUGAACUAAUUAUUACGUUACUUAUGUUUAAAAAUUGUAUAACAUUCAAGCAUUUACAAUUGCGUAUAGUUACGGUCUUUGCAAAUUUAACGAAUCAUGCUCCUCAUUGCAAAAUCGUGGCUAUAUAAAGUGGCGCUCGACAAAAGAACUGAAAGGAGGAGCAGGGUGACUCGAAGUAUCGAUGAAUGCACGUGUACGUUAUUGUACUGCAGUGGCAUUACGUGCAAGCAAGAUCUAACAUCUAACGACAUUAAGAAUCGCUGUUCUGAUCACUGUUUUGCCAAUAAGUCUUUUGCAGAUCCGAUAACAUAUGUAUAUAUACGUAGACGUGUGUAAACCAAACGCGAUCGUGCGUGUAUAUAAGCAUAAGCGUACUGCGGUAUCCCGUCGUUUCGAUAGCGCUCUAGUACCGUAGCCUGUACGCAAAUCGAGUGCGUGUGUGACUUCCCUCGUUGGAGAAAUGUCGUCGGCACUCGUGGCCGCGAAAUAAACGACGAAACAUGUCCGGACCGAUAGUCAGUCGUGCGCAGACACUCGGCGGUGUUGUUCAAAUUGGAGCAGCGGUGAGCUGUGUUGUCUGCGAUCGGACUGACAAGCUGUUAAGGUGUUCACGGUGCAAGGCCGUCUUCUACUGCAGUAAGGAACAUCAGAGACGGGACUGGAAACGUCAUAAACAAUUUUGCACGACUCACUCCGUAGAGUCGAUCGUCCCGAACAUUAUUUCGAACGCUAAUCAAAACAUCAUUUUGAAAUCAUCGAAAGAAUCUAUCCUAAAAAGCUGCCAGAAUUCAACUAAUCCAGUGGUUUCUAACCUAAGCGAGAAGACAACAUUGGGAAGAACGCGAGGAUCGGACGCUGCUCAGCAUAAUAAGGCGUUACAUCUUGGAGGGACUGACGAAAAAGCAGAAGUAACAGCAGAAUUGGAAAACAAGGGAAGUCAAAAUUCUAAGAAGAAAUCCAGUAACACCAAGGCCAAAGGUACUCGUACUAGCAGAGUAGAUGGAUGGACUUCACCAAUAACGUAUGAAGGAAGUUCUGAGGACACGAUUUUAGGUGCCAGAACUGAAUCGUUGAAUCCAGCUCUUGAAAGCUCAGGGAUUCUUCGUAAUAUACAGGACAAUGAACUAGAGAUGCCUACUCAACAGCACCAUAACGGUAUGAAGAAUUUCCCUGAAGUUCGUUUGACUAGUGAGCAAGAUGAUUUUCUGCCACCCUUUCGGCACAACAAUAAAAAUAAUCUCGAAAAACUGAUCGACGAUAUGAGCAGAAACGUGAUCAGGGACAUGAACGAAUAUGGGAUGUGUGUGGUAGACAAUUUCCUGGGAGCAGAGAAGGGUCUCGCAGUGUUGAACGAAGUUUUGAAUAUGUAUAGUGCUGGUUUAUUUAAAGAUGGACAGUUAGUUUCUAAUAAAGCGAGUGCGAAUGAUUUAAAAACAAUUCGUGGUGAUCAAAUAACGUGGCUUGAUGGAAAAGAGAAACAGUGUCAGAACAUUGGGAUGCUCAUAUCUCAAGUUGAUGCAGUCAUCAUGAGGGCGAACAAAAUGUGCAACAAUGGGAAAAUGAGCAAUUACACUAUCAAUGGAAGAACAAAGGCAAUGGUGGCUUGUUAUCCUGGUCACGGUUCGCAUUACGUGAAACACGUGGAUAAUCCUAAUCGAGAUGGACGAUGCAUCACAGCCAUAUACUAUCUCAACCGAGAUUGGGAUAUUAAGAAGAAUGGUGGCCUCUUGAGGAUAUUCCCAGAAGGCUGGCGUGAUCAAGUCGCGGAUAUCGAGCCGCUCUUCGAUAGAAUAUUGUUCUUCUGGUCCGAUAGGAGAAAUCCACACGAAGUCCAGCCGGCAUAUAAAACGAGAUACGCGAUCACUCUGUGGUACUUCGAUGCGGAAGAAAGGAAUCAGGCUUGCCGAAGAUAUCAAAGAGAAAGUAAGCACAGUCGUAAGCAGCUUUGAUCAAUUUCUGUUUCUACGUCGAGAGUUGCACGCGAAGAAGGAGAGUUCGUGAGAUACGGAGUCUGAAGGACCGUUAUACCGUCCGUCGACUGAAAUUGUAAUUCUAUUAAAUAAACUUACACAUUUGUACAUAGUCACAUGAACGAAGCACUAGUACAUAAACUACUAUGUAUUAUUCUGUAUUAUGAUAUAGUUGAGAUUGCAGGAGGAGGUACGGACAUCGGAGUAAAUAUAUAUGUAUAUGAAGAUUUAAGGAUGUGCAAUAGAUAUAAGCGCGUUCUUUUCUUUUUUUAUAUGGUGUAAUACGCUGUAAUAUAUUUGAACGAAUAAGUACGCGUAGUCCUUAUGGUUCACAGUUAUAUACAUACAUACAUCCAUAUAUAUGUAUAUGAAUUAUUAAUCUCCGUUUUUCUAACACUCUAACGCUCAUUACCCUAAUUGAACGUUUGAAAAAUAAAAGUUUAGCAUUCGCUUGCCACGACUGAAAGUUUGUUCGUUGUACGUGAUAUGAUAUUUAGCUUCCAAUAUUAGAAGCAUCGACAAAAUCUGGUGGCGUUCAUAGUUCGUAUUUGACUACUGAAAUUGCAUAGUGUACAAAGAGGACGAGAAUGCGUCUAUGCGUGCGUGUAAAACGAGUGUAAAUGUAGCACGGGAAAAAUGAGAUUUAAACAGUGAGAAAUAAUGUUUCCACUAUAAAAUUUACUGAAAACAAAAAAAUUGUGUGUUAAUUAUUAUAUUUACAUAAAUAUAUUUGUUCCCCUUAACUUCUGUAUAGUUGGUAUUCAUAUGAUUAAACUGUAAUAAUUGCUAUUAAUACGAAACUGUAAUACAUAUUCGCGGAUCGUAUUGCAUAUAUCGUGUUUUAUUAUUGCAUCUUAUAUGUUAAGGAUUGUUCUACAGAAUUAUUAUGUACAAUCCUUCUACUGAUGUUUGAUUAAACGGCCAGUAAUUAACUUAUGCUUCCAGUGCAGCGAAUUGAUACCGAGGCCCAGUCUGUACCUGUAAUAUUGUUAUGUACAUUGUGAAGAGGUAGAAACACAUGUGUUUAAUAUUGUAUGUAUCUAUUUAUAUAAAUCGGUGAAAAAAAGAA